AUGUUCUAUAGCGAGGUGAUCCUCGCCAAAAAGGGCCCGCUGGCCCGCGUCUGGCUGGCGGCCCACAUGGAGAGAAAGCUCAGCAAGACCCAGUUCCUCCAGACCAGCAUCGAAAAGAGCGUCAGCGCCAUCAUGGGCCAGGAAGUGGUGCCCAUGGCCCUGCGCUUGUCCGGACAGCUCCUCCUCGGCGUCGUCCGCAUCUACUCGAGGAAGGCCAAGUACCUCCUCGAGGACUGCAACGAGGCGCUCCUCAAGAUCAAGAUGGCCUUCCGCUCCGGCGCAGUCGACAUGACCAGCGACCAGCUCAACAUCUCGCGCAACGCAAUCACCCUCCAAGAUACCCGCACCGACCUCGACAUUCUCCUCCCCGACCCCGCGCUCGAAAACUGGAGCAUCGAUUUCAGCAGGACCGCCGCGAAAAAGGCAAAGUCGAGGUCCGGGACCGACGGCGGCAGCUCCCACGUCGCCCGCGCCGCCGACAUCACUCUGCCCCACGUUGACUACACUACCUUCGACGACACCUUUGACAUCUCGUCGGGUAUCGACGGCAUCGCAUCGCAGGACUUUGACCCGGACGGCGGCCUCGAUCUCGGCCUCGAAGACGACCUGCCCGAGGCGACCACGAUGCGCCGCGAUGAGCUCGGCCGGCUGGUCGACGAGAACGGCGACCCCAUCGCCGGAGGCAUCGAGGACGACUCGCUGAGCAUCGGCGUGGGCCGAGACGCCCCCAGCGAGACGGGCCGGCAGAGCGUGGCAUCGAUGCUCAACCUCGGCAAGGACGGCGAACUCCAGCUCGGCAGCGAGCUCGGCGGCAGCGUGCGAGCCCCAAGCAUCGGCCUGCCAGACUUCGACAUGGGAGGCGAUGGUCUCGACCUUGGCCUCGACGAUGGCGGCCUCGACCUCGGUCUCGACGGUCCCGAGCCGAUGGACGUCGAUGCCCCGGCGCCGCCGCCAGACGCGGAGAGGCCCGUGACGCCGCCGCCAGGCGACAACAGCAUGGCGCUCGCCAUGGCCGACAUGACGCCCACAACCGCCGCCAGGAUCCGCGACGCGGCAGCCAAGAGGCAGCAGGACGAGGCGGCCUCGAAGCAGGCAAAGGCGCGCAAGCAGCUUAUCGACGCGCGUACCGAGCUCCCGGAGAGCCAGCUCGGCGGGCGACCGGCGCUUGGCUCACUGAGCCAGGGCCUCAGCCAGGGAGCAUCGCAGCUGGCCGGAGCGGAUCUCGACAUUCUCACAGAGGAGCGCUAUCUGCCGCGCUCGCGGGCUUACCUGCGCCUGCUCACCAUCCGCCAGGACCCGACGGCGCACUUCCUGCCGUACGCCGACCCGGCGAACAAGGACAAGAGCUCUUUCUUCAUCGGCCCGGCCGGCCUGGCGCCCGAGCUGAGCGAACUCUUCACAUUCGAUCUCUCGGCCAUGAGGCGGCGCAGGGCGGCGGCGGCGGCGGCGGCGGAGGACGAAGGGCCGUCGAAGCGGGCCAGGCUCGAGGGCGGCGAGGACGACGACAAGGCCGAGACCGACGACGACGAGGGAGGCGUCAAGAAGCUCAGCUUUGCCAAGGUGUCGCAGAAUGCGUCGAGACGCGCGGCGGCGGGCUUCUUCUUCGAGAUGCUGGUGCUGGGCACCAAGGACUGCGUCAAGCUGCAGCAGCACGAGGAGUACGGCGACAUCAAGGUGCUCGCCAAGCCCAAGCUCUGGCAGACGGCGGCGGGCAGCGUCAGGGCCUAG